CUCCCACCACCAUCCUAGUCAACAUGAACGUCCGCUCUAUGGGACCUUUCUCCGAGAAGCAAGAGUCGUACUCUAUGCAACUGUACCUCCGGCAAGUGUGGUUCGACUCACGCCUCCGUUUCAACAAGACCGACUUGGGCACGUCCCAGUUCUCUAUGAACUGGAUGUUCGCCGCCAAGCUCUGGAAGCCGGACACCUUCUUCAUCAACGGCAAGAACUCCUACGCUCACAAGAUCACUGCCCCCAACACCUUCAUCCGUCUACAAUACGAUGGCCAGAUUACCUGGUCCUUGAGACUGACUGUGCGGGCCAGCUGCAAGAUGCAUCUCCGCAAGUUCCCGCUGGACACCCAGAUCUGCCCCCUCAGCCUCGCCUCAUACGGGUAUAACUCGAAUGAUAUGGUAUACAAGUGGGCGCAGGGGCUGGUCACAGUAGAUGCUGACGUGAGCAUCGCCCAGUACAAGCUUAUUAACAUCACCACGACUUCUGCCAAGGUCAUCGUGAGAAGAAAAGAGAAUAGGCGCCCAGAGACUGUCUCCACUCUCAACGUCAAGUUCUACCUGGAGCGACUGACGGGGUUCUUCCUCCUCCAAGUAUACGUCCCCUGUAUCCUCAUCGUGUGCUGCUCGUGGGUCGCCUUCUGGAUCACCAAGAAGGACGUCCCUGGCAGAGUUUGUUUAGGCGUGACCACCGUGCUCUCCAUGACCACGUUAGGAUUCGGCGGACGAUCUGCUUGGCCAGCUGUCUCCUACGCCACCGCCCUCGACUACUUUGUUAUUCUGUGCUUUGCCUUCGUGUUUGCGGCCGUCCUGGAGUUUGCCUGUAUUAACUUCUUCGAGAGGGCGGCUAACAAGAGGCGGAAGAAGAUGGAAGACCUGAAGCAUCAAAUCACAGAACGUAUAAUGGCGGCGGAGAAGGACGCCACAAUGCUGGUGACGACGACGGUGAGGGAGGACGGUGGCGUGGACAUUGGGGCGUCACUGAGGGACGCCAUGAAGGUUCCUCUUUCUGUUGUGCCGCUGAGUGUCCAACCCAUCGAGGAAGAGGUGGACACCCAGUCCCCACUAAGAGAGGCUCUGAAGCUGCCUCUGGCCAUCGUGCCCCAGAGCAUACACGCAGUGACGCCAGAGAGAGAGGAACGAGAGGGACUCAAGGCCCGACGUGUGGCCACGCCCCCGGAGAAGAGGGAAGGCGAGGAAGACAGUGGUGGUGAUGGUAGUGGCAUUGACACAAGUGUAGUGAGUGGGGAAAUAGACCCAAUGUUAAUGAAACGCGAGGGCCACCUGUCUGGCAGCGACAGUGGCAGCCUCACUAGUAGAGGCAGCAUAUUUAAAUUCAAGAAAGAUUCCAAAAUAAAGAGAGACAGGUCCCAAGACAGUGAAAGUGACUUGACAGUUAUAAAGGUGGACAUCCAAUCCGAGGAUGAACAGCUUUCUCCUCCCCCUCCCCCCUUCACAGUGUGGCAAAUCCUGACCAAAAAAAAGAAACUCAUGUCGGAGAUGACGAUUAGAAACACCGUGCCCACUGAGGAGGAUCUGCUAGAUCGUUUUUCCAUCAUUGAUCUCUACGCACGUAGGUUCUUCCCGACGACUUUCUUCAUCCUGUUCAUCACCUACUGGGUCUUGUUCAACUACUACAUCACUGACGAGUUCCCUGAAGAGGCCGAUGCUCGGGUACCCUCGGAUGGACUAGUUCUCGUAUAAAGUUUGUUUUAUUUUUAAUGUAUAAACUUGUUUUGAAGAAAGACAAAGAGCGAGACAUUGGCCUCUCCCACCCACUCGCGUCGCAUUGAUAAGUGACGACAGCCAUCCAAUCACAGCAGGGAUUGUGUUUUUCCUAAAAAAUGAUUGGUUAUUGGAAGCAUUUUGCCUCCCCUUCCACCCUCUCCCAACAGAUGGUUCUAAAAUAUCUAUCAUGUUUUUUGUGAGGUUCUUGUCCCAUUAAGAUAAAAAAAUACCAUGCAGGUUGUCAGGAUAUUCCGUUUGUAGGUCUGCACACUAAUGUUUAAUUUCAUGCAUGUAAGUAUGUCUAAGUAGCAAAGAUACAGUAGGUAUGCAAGUAUUCACCAUAACUGAAACUGUCAUGGAAACUUAUCGUAUAUGGGCAUAUUAUGUAAUGGAUAUCUUCAUUGCUUAAGUGCAGCUGACCGACAGCGUCUCAAGUUUAUGGUCAAGCGUCAUUCAUUAUUUUUUCUUUCGCCCCGUACAUGCCAAUGCAUCACCUACCGUUUUAGAAUCAAUUUCAGAAGUUAGACUUUAGACAGUUUAUGAACGGUUCAUUGAUAAGUUAAUGCACAAGUAUAUUGCAUGGUUUCAUGCGAUAUUUUCCUUAACAUGAUAUAUAGGGUAAGAUUUGACACUUGGGUUGCUGCAGCACCAGAUGCAGAGCACCACAGUAACUCUUGCUUGUUUACCAAAUUUUUACGUUUGUUAAACAUGUUUUGAUGGAUCCUUGAACACUGGAUGUUCGUCGAGAAGUACAGUAGGAAUUAUUCUUUCCUCUGUCACACUACCCAAGUGCCACUGUACUUCUAGUCAUUCAACACAAUGUAAAGCCUUUAAUUAAUGUAAAAUAUAUUUGCAUAAUCAGGAAGCCUUCCACAGCUAGCGGCGGCAUUUGAGUUUACUUGCAGCUGGCGAAGGAGUUAAUUUACAUAACAAAAACAGCUGGAGUUGGAACAUACCAGAGAGCGAAUUUCAUUGCUUGAACGUUCAUACCGAGGGAUUAUAUAUGAGUGAAUUUUUACUAGAGGCCAUAUGUAUAAACAUUUUGUGCCAGAGGCCACACACACACAUAUAUAUAAUCACCCCUAUAAUAGGAGGCUUACGUAUACAUUAUAUAAAUAUAUCCUAAUCACCAACACCAGUCCAAAUUCACCAUUAUCACCAAUUAUCGCCUAAGGAAGAAAGAAUCUGGAGUCUGAACAUAGUAUAAAUAAGUGUAAAUAGGCAAAAGUUAUAUUAAUACUCCAUAUAAAUUUGGAGAAGAUAGCUCUUAGUAAAUAUCGCCUUUCACGAGUAUAUUAUUAAUUGUUGUUCAUCAUGGAGAGAUACGUGUUACCACCAGCCACAUCACCCUCAUAACAAUCAAUUAGUUGGAGAAAAGAGAAUGUUAUUCAUCUCAUCUUCAUAAUAAAGUCAUAAUAAAGUCAUAAUAAUGUCAUCAUAAUGUCUAACGUAUGUCUUUCGGGGUCACUGGGUUUUCGAGCCGAGGCCGACCAAAACAUUUUAGUUAGUUCGAACACUGUGCCGAGACUGAGCCCCUCGGUACAGGGUUCGCUGGUUUAUUCACUGUUUCACGUGGUCGGGACCCGGAUUAUUUUUUCUUUAUUUUUUUUAUUUAUUAAUAAUUGAUUUUUUGUCUUCAGAAAAUGGACAAUGGAAAUUACCAGCAUGUCUAUCUACACUUUUUUGUUAAAUAUAUCAUAAUAUUUCGAGGUUUUAUCCUCGCUUUGUCACAUAAAGAUACAAUGUAUUUCCAUUGAACCAAUACAUACACUUAUGCUAAGGACUAAAUAAGCUUUAUACGUUUCGGGGAAGAAAGUAGAGGAUAAUUUUUGUAUGUAGACUUUUUUUUUUUAGUCUCCAGCUGUCGACGUUUGAUGGUAAGGUGUCAUGUCACUCGUUUAUAAAAAGCGUAACUCUCUCUUAGUGCCAGACGUCUCACUGGGCGACACUUGGCAGCCCAGGGUCGGAAAAAUUAGACUAAGGAGAAAUUUCAAAGUGUUUCUUGGCCAAGGAGACAACUUUGUGUGGGGUGGACGGAGACAAGGACAAGCAUUCGAGGUUAUGACACUUGGUGUUGUGUCAUGGGUUUGCUGGACAUUAAAACCCUUUUAUUGCCAUUCUAAUGAAUGAAAAUAAGGUAUCUUCCUUACCCUUUUAUGAUGUUAAAAGUAAGUUCUACACUUGCAUAAAUUAUGUUCCUUUAAUCUGUUCCCAUUUAUUUAUUUUUUUGCUUUAAAUGGUGGUUAUAUCCUUCUUCGACUUGCCUGUUCCUGAUCUGAUCGCUAAGAGUUACAAUGUGAUCACAGUUUUUCUCCUAAUUUUAUUUGGUUGUCUUAUGGUAUGGGAAACGAUUAUGUUGCCUCUAAAUCUCCCAAUUAAACCUAUCAAGAUA